GCCCUUUUUCGAUUCAAAUUUAAGCGAACUGCAGCUUUUCUGCCGUAAAAUGGGAAAUACAUAUGAUUGGGCUUGUAUUGCAGAGAAGAUUGAUAAGAUAAUCAUGGAAGAAGACUACGAAGUGGGCGGCAUUAUCCGCGCAGACCCCAUUCGCCCCCUAGUGGCCCCCAACUGCUCGGAAUUAGUGGUGGCGCAUGCAAAGAUUGCCCUGCGUCAAGUUCGAUAUUUCUCCGAGGUGUCCCUGCUGCCGCACAUCCUGGAAACGAUGCAGAAACUGGGCUUGUCGCGCCUGCUGCGCCUCCAAAGCUACUCGUGGCCCCACUUGCUCGCCGGGAAUGGACACGGAGUUCUGAUUGUUAGUGCUCCGCGUAGCGGUCGCACUUUCGGCUACAUUCCGCCGCUCUGCGACCUAGUGUGUCGCGCCCUAACGGAAGGCACGCGCCUGCGCGGCUGUGCAAAUUGGUAUCCGGACCGGGAGGGUGCGCUGGCCGUGAUCUUGGUGCCGAAUGUGGAGCGUGUGCGCCAAGUGAGCGCUCUCUGCCACGCCCUCCUACGGAAGGCGGCUAACGAGGAGUUGUUCACCCUCACCCUGACCGUAGACGCUUUAAAGAAGGUGGAGCUUAUCCAUCGCCUGCUAAACGGCGUUGGAUGCCUGGUGGUCACGCCCGCCCAGUUAGUGGGGAUACAGGAGGAGGCGCCGGGUCUGCUCCGCUUUCCUCGGCUCCAAAUCGUGGCUUUCGACGAUGUAGACCUGAUGCCGCCCGACCAGGUGCAGAAGGCGGAACAGGUUUUACAAGAGAUAAUUCCCCGGGGGCACUAUCCGCAGCUGGUGAUGGUCUCGCGGUCGUACAAUCACCGGAUAAUGGCCAAGCUGACGGCGGCGAACAGCCACCCGGCGCUCAUAUUCGGCGACAUUCUGGAGGCAGCUGUGUACGGCGGAACGCGCAUCAGAAUCGCCUUCUGUAAUUCGGAGAGCAAGGUUAACGAGGUGUUCCAGGCACUGCAGCAGCGUCCGCCCAAGAAAUACCGCACGGUGGUUUACUGCACCGACGACCUAGACAUGCGUCGCCUGGUGGUGGCUCUGGAGAAACGCAGUCACGCCUGUCUGCCCUACUACCAGAACGCAGACCUGGAGGUGCGCGAGCAGGUGCAUCGCUGGAUGGGUGAGAGUCGGGACGUCAUCCUGUUGUGCACGGACGACUGCCCGGAGCUGAUCAUCCGGCAUGCGCACACGCUGAUCCACUACGGCAUGAGCAGCACCUGGGGCAAGUUCAAGAUGCGACACCUCGUCAUAUCCGGGAAUCUAAAAAACAGACUGGCUCCGGCACAGCCCGAAUCGGAGGAUGUGCCACUGCAUUCUCUGGUGCUGCUGGACCACGAAAAUCAAAGGCAACUGCCGCGUCUCGUGGAUUUCCUGCGGCAGCACCAGAAAGUGGAUGCCGGCCUGGUGGAGCUGGUUGCGAAGAUACGGCAGGAGAUGCAGAAGGAGAAAGGCAAUCAGAACGCUUUGUGCCGCCAGAUCAUGGUGAAGGGCAGCUGCAUCGAUCCUGCAUGCGACGAACGUCACCAGGUGACAGAUUUGGACCAAUGUCAUGCAUCUGUUCCCGUAUCAGGAGACGUGAAGGUGAAGUUGGUGAGGGUCUAUUCGCCGACGCAUUUUUGUGUUUAUCUAGAGGAGCACCUACCGCCACAGGGCUCCUGGCAACCGUUGCCCAACCUGGCGGUUCAGCAGAUGCGCAUCCAGUCGCUCCAGAGCACCAAGCCGCUCCGUUUUUGGCCUCCAGUUCCCGGGGUCAUCUGCAUGCACCACAGUGUCAUCAACGAACGAAUCCGGGUGCUCCAGGUGCCCCCCAUUAAGAACGCGAAUCUGGUGAAGAAAGAUCUGCUAGUGCUGGUGCAAGCCAUCGACACGGACACUCGCAUCUUUACCACCAAGAGCGGCAAACUGUACAAGUGCCCGGCGGACCUUCAGGAGUUGCCGCCCAUGGCAAUAGACAUGCGUCUGCUGGGUUUCGUGCCCUACUCCGAGGAAGGCGACUGGUCGGAGAAAGAUCGCCGCGACUUCGAGACUAGGUUGAAGCACUUGCCCAAGAAUAACUUCCUGCAGGCCCACAUUCAGUUCGCCACCGCAAACACCUUGUUCGUUCGGAAUCUGGUGGCCAUGACAUAUGCCUCCAGCCUGAAGAUGCACGUGCGCAACCUAAGCCUUACCCAUACACUAAUGGCUGACAAAUUGAUCAAGAGAUGUGAUGAGGCGGAGAACAAGAUACUGGCCUUCUUCAUGGCAGGAGUAGAACAUGGCAAGCGGGAAAUUAGGGAGGAAGAAUUUCAGAAAGAAUUGCAGCUUGAAGACGAACUGCAGAUGGAACAGGAGGAGGACCGAAAGGAGAAUGUGUCGCCCAAUAAGGCUUCUACAGCAGCUUUAAUCCAGACCAAGGAGAACCAGCUGGAGAAGAAACAGGAGCAGCAUAUAGCAUCCCCCAUGUCCCAAGAUCCUCCUGAGCUACCCUCCGAAACAGACAUCAUAGCCCAACUGUACGAAUGCUUUAUAAGAUGUUCUGUGCAGCAACAGCAGGAGUCUGAGCAGAAUCCAGUCCCAGUUUCAUCCUCUACCGCCACAUUUCUAAAUAAUGUGAUGAUUGGUGGGGCAGUAAAAACUCCUGACAAACCAAAGAAGCAGAAAAAGCCAAAGGCAAUGAAGGAUGCACCAGCACCAGCUUGUAAGAAUCUUUGCCAGCAGAUGCAGGUUCAACUUCCUCCAAACGUGAUCCGACUGACGACCGGUUACUAUCAGACCCAAACUUCCUUGCAGCUGGAAGUUCUACUGCCCGAAGAGGUCCACGAGUAUGCAGCCUUGAUGGAGAAAGGACAAAUCUUCUUCUGGGCCACUUGCCAGUCCUCAGAACUCAAGCAUCAAUUCGUCCUGACCCUGAGCUUUCCAUACAUUUCCCUAAGCCACCGCAUGCGUGGCCGCACCGUUUACAUUAGUGUCCAAAAGGCAAUGACUGCCGUCGAUCCGCUGCACUUUAGCGCCUACCCAUUCAUGAAGCCCAAUCACGAUAUGUUUGCCGAGUUCGAGGACCAACAAAAUAUGCAAGUGACAAAUAUCAACCCAUAUGUAAAGGGACUGGCUUGUGUAAAGCAGAAUGUGCAGAGCCAGGAGGAGAAUCCAAGCUAUGAAAAGUAUUCUGACGGGGCUGAGCAUCCUCGCAUUCAGCGUAAAUUAUGCGAGGACUAGGUGCAGUUUUCUAAAAGGUCUAUCAGGAUAUAGAUGAUUUAUAAAAUUAUCAGCUAGAAGUAGAGGGAAAAUUACACAAAUUUUAAUAUGUAUUUGAUAUGCAUGAAAAUGUCCUUUUAACUUAUGUUUUCAUUAAACCUUCGAAUGGAUUCAAAAACAUA